AUGUGGCUCGGUUCUUCCUUCACGAAUCUGAAGCCUGUCCAGGCAGCCAAAUUCCUUCGGCAGUUCACUCAGGAAGGCGUGCUGCAGACGGGAGAUUUCAUGCUGAUCGGGAUUGACCGCUGCAGGGAGGUGGAAAAAGUGACGGCGGCAUAUAGCGACACGUCCGAGCGGUGGCAGCAAUAUAUCCAAAACGGACUAUACACUGCCGCACACACGGUGGGCGACGCAUCGCUUGCGGAGGACUGGACAUAUGUUGCACGAUGGGAUGCCGAAGAAGGCCGCCAUUUGAGAUUUGUUCGCAGUGACCGACAUCGGACUGUUCUGCCAGACAUCGAGAUCUCUGCCGGCGAACACGUGCUUUUGGCCCAAUCAUACAAAUACACGCGGCAGGAUGCCCUCGCCGUGUUCGAUCUGUCCGGGCUCACCGUCCGAUACGAGUGGGUCAAUCAACCCGACGACUGCUCGUUGUUUUUGCUGGAGAAGACGGGACGAUGA